AUGAUUAAUGGGUGUCCCAACUUUGCAAUUGACUUGAAUGUUGAAGAUGAGAUAGUAGACAUUAUUCAACUCCAUCAAAUAAUCGCAAUUGUCACGAAGACAUCAGUUUAUAUAUACCACCUGUACACCUUGUUACCCUUGGCAAGUCAUACUAGAUCGUCUAAUUCAAUAGAACUAAAUGGUAUCAACACUACAGCCAAGAAGAAGCUAAUACAUGAACCCCAUGGCGGCAAACAAUCAAAACUCAAUUUGUUUAUUCAGACCACUUCUAAUUUUCUUGUGAUUUAUCAAAUUAGUAUUGAUUAUUCUCAUGCGAUUUAUGAAGUACAUAAUAGCAAUCACGAGUUGAUUCAAGCUGCAGUACCGAUGAAUUACUCUCUGGGUAACUUCUCAUUCACCAAAUUUUUACAAUCGGCAACGAAAUCGUUUAUGCAAGGAAAAGAUGAAGAUGUAUCGCCAAAAUUGGAAAAUGUGGAGAGUAUAAAUAAUAACUCCAUAGAUGAUGAAUUGGGAGGGUAUGAUAUUGAACCAGUAAAGCUAUCUGUAUACAAAGUACUACAAAUGGGGCUGGGUACUGGUGAGCAAGUUUUUUCGUUACAGCUGAAUUCACAUGAAUUGUUUAUCUUCAAUUAUGCACACGAGGCGAAUGAAGAAGUAGACUCUGACUAUUUUCAAGUUGUUGACUUGUCUAAUUUUGAAACCAAACUCAUUGAUUUAUCGACUUAUUCAUGGUUUAAAACCCCAGCCAAGAGGGUCUAUUAUAAUCAGUAUGGUGAUUAUUUUUUGUUGGUUACAAAAGCGGACGAAAUCAUGCGUUUGAAGUUUGACAAGGAAGGUGGGCUUCGUUCAUGUACUGUUGGACUGGGCGAUUUGAGCAAUGUCUGUUUCAGCCCCUGUUCUAAUUUGUUAAUUGGUGAAGAAGGGGAAACCUGGAAGCUCUAUCACCUCAAGGAUGGUAUAUUGGAGAAAUUGAAAACAUUGAAUUUCCCCCAAGGACGAGUGAAUUGGUCCAGCUGUGGUGAUUUCUUUGGCAUAGUUGAAGACUCGGGGAACUGGAAACUUUUAUCCCGAUUCGGUAAAGUUUUAUUUGAUACACAUCAAACUAUAAAUGAAUUGAAUAGCAAGCAUAAUCAUUCAGAAGGAUUCUUGAAUGCAAAGACAAUUUUGAUUGGUGAAAAUUCAAACACAUUGUAUGUAAUUUCACAAGAUUCAUGCAAGCUUUACUACAUCCCACUUUACAACAUCGUCAAUGAUCUCGUUUACGAUAAAAACUACAUAACUGUAAUUGAGAAUCAUCGAAAUUUUGUGCGGUUCCCCAUGUUACCUAAAUUUCGACGGUUAUUGCUCCACCAUGAUAACGAAUCGAUCGGGAGCUCUCCAACAUAUCAAAGGAAAAUAAUACUAUCAAAAAGUCUUUUUGGUCAGUUAUCAAUUUCAUAUGGCGAUCAUUUAGCAGUUUCGACACCCAUUACUACAGGUGGAUUGACCAACCAUAUACUUUGGUUCAACUGCAAGAAUCAUUUUGCUGACCCCUUAAACAUUAUUGAGCAAUUUUGGUUCCAGGAUUAUCUCAUUGUGGUAAACAGAAGAAUUCAACAUGAAUUUGAAGCUGACAAGGAGAAGCAAGAGCCGUUAGUGGACGAAGUAAUUGUAUACGAUACGCUGAAAACCAAGUACGGAAUGAGUGGAGAAAACAUUGUAUUAAGUAGCGAUUCAGUGUUAUGGAGAUAUGACUUUAAAUGCACUUUUGUUGCCACUCAACUAGUUCACAAUGGUGAUGUGUCACAUAUAGUUGUUUUAACUACUGAUUAUCGAUUAGUGGUACUUGAUUUGGUAACUGAUAAAAUUGUCAAUUUGGACUCACAAACAAAACACUAUCGCAUAUUCAUUUCCACAAACAAAACGGUACAUUUAGCAUCGCUUCAACAUAAGUUAAACUUGCAUGAAACGAGACAAAUCACCAUGAUUGAUAAACGUCACUUCUUAUUCUUGUUACAAUCGGGUGAACUUUACUUGUUAAAAAAUGUGACACGAUCAUCUUCAAUUAGCCAAAAGCCAACAGACGUUAUCAAACCAAGCAACAUGUACGACUUGAUUAAGCUCAAUUCGACUAUUGAAUUUUUCAAAUUUGUAACAGUGCCAUUUCAAUCACCAGUCCAGUUCAUUUACUUGUUCAAUGGUGAUCAAAUUUUAAUUUAUGACGUUGACGAAAUGGUCGCAAAAGCAUGUAAUAAACUACAUGUAAAUCAAGAAGAUGCAUUUGAGAGUGAAGACGAAUCGGAACUUGUGCCUAUUGCAAUUGACACUGAUGAUAUCUUGCCAUUAGAGAUUGAAACUGAUCGGAAUACAAUAAACUUGAUUGGAUUGGAGAAUUUAAGUCUGAGCUAUCAUCAUCAUGAUUUUGUCAUUAAGAACAAAUUGGCACACAAAUUGAUAUUGAACAAUUUUAUUGAAUUUGAUUUAAUUCACCGUGGUGAUUUGGAAAGCACAUUCAACAAGUACAAGUCAUUCGCCAAUUUUCAAUUUUGUUUAGAAUUGUUACUUUUCAAACUUUUGGUAGGAGGAGAACAGCAACACCAACAACAGCAACAAUCCUCCAAUUUAACUUUGAAGCGACUUUUCCAAUUGAUUGAAUUUACCGAAAGUCCUGAAUCCAUAUACAUCAAUUGCUUGAGAAAGAUUGAAGUUGCAUAUUGGAACAAGUUUUUUAAUGUAUUGAAUACAACGCCAGUUAAGUUUAUGGAUCGAUUAAUUAAAUUGGAUAAUGUUGAAUUAUGCUAUCAUUAUCUUAUCGUGUACUUGAAUUACAAAAAGGAAGGUGAACCGGGUGACAAUGAGAAUAAUGGAAAAGUGGAGGACACAUAUGAGUCCGGAACUGUACUGCAUGCCAACGGAGGUGAAGGAGCAGCCCCUGAUCAAUUGAGUGGAGAUGAUAAACAAAUUAUUCUUCAGAUUAUUAAAAUGCUUGCUGAGAGUGAGAAAUGGGAUUGGUGUUUCGAACUAUGUAGAUUCAUCAAAAUUUUAGAGCCAUCAGGACAGUUUUUAAAGGAAAUUAAAGCUGAGUUUGGUUAG